UUUCUCUCCACACGCAAAUUACACAAUUCUGUCUCUCAAAAUCUGUAUAGUCUGUAUAAUUGAGAAACAAUAACGGUGAACAAAGGAACAAAGAGAAAGAUUGAGAUUAACAAAAUCAUUAAAAAGACCUCGUUCAUGCCUAUAUGCACCAAACGCCAAUGGUGAAAAAAGGAGGCACGAGGAGGAAGAUUGAGAUCAAGAAGAUUACGAAGAAGACUUCUCUCAUGCCAAUUUGCACUAAACGCCGUGAAGGUCUCUUUAGCAAAGCCUCUCAGCUUUGUCUUCUCUCCGGUGCACAAAUCGCUAUCCUAGCGACUCCUUCUUCUUCUGAAUCCAACGUCUCCUUCUACUCUUUCGGUCACUCCUCUGUUGAUGCCGUUGUCUCUGCUUUUCUCUCUGGACAACGUCCUGUUCCUGUUCCGGAUGAUGACAAAGAGACGAGGGAGGACGUUGGUAUUUGCCUGACUCGAAAGAAUCUAGGGUUAGGGUUUUGGUGGAAUAACGAGAGCCUUGCCAGAUCGGAGAAUCCUCAAGAGCUUAGUGACGCUAUCGAUUCCAUGUGGACGUUGUUGAGUAAUCUCAAGGAAUUGCGUGCGGAGGAAGCUUUAGUCAGUAACCAAGCUUUCGUUAAUGAUCAUGAGGACCUGAAGAACAACGUGAAGAGAAUAAUUGUUUCAGACCACGGAACUCAUGAUCAAACCCUAGAUCUUCAGUGCACUUCGGCAAUUUGUUGCAUUCCUGAUGAUUCACCUGAAAAUUUCAAUGAGAUCAGUCAAGAGCCAGAUCAUCAAACCCUAAAUCAGCUUCAGUCCAGUACUUCUGCAAUUUGUUGCGUCCCUGAUGAAUCACCUGCAAAUUUCAACGAGAUCACUGAAGAACAUGAUCAGAUUCUCUCGAUUUGUGAAAGUUUUUGUGUUACGGACAACAACAACAACAAUGCUUUAACUGAAGUAAACUUGGAUUAUGAUCAAGACAUGGAUAACAACAACAACAAUGCUUUACCUGAAGGAAACUUGGAUUAUGAUCUGGAGAUGGAUAUUGAUCAACUCAUUGAUUUCGAGACUAAUUUUGAAAGCUCGCUAGAUGAUUGGUUUUCGGACAACACUCAUCAGGAACUUCAGGAGACUACUACUGCAACUCUUUUGACCAAUUCUGAAGCUGUUGUUGAUGAUCAUGUCUCUGUUGAUGAUUUUGAGGGCCUUGAAGAUUCAGAUUUGGUGUUUCAGAGAUGUUUGGAUGGAGAUGAUCUACGAUUCUCUGAUUUUAUCCACGACUUUACAAACACUAUUGCAGCAAUUUGAAGAUAAUCUCUCUGCAUCUUCUUUCAAAUUAACUUCUAAUUACUUCUUUAUUUGUAUGUAUGUUUUGGUUCUGUAGAAUUUGGUUAGAGAUAUGUCUUAUUGAUGUAAUGAAUGAAGUGCUUGGUUUGAC